AUGAACCCCAGCAUCGUGUCGUUACGGACGCUACGAGUGGGUUUGCGAGUUGCCACGCGGGCUCAUACACUGCCCGUGGCCCAACGGCGGCUCUUCAGCUUUCAGACAUCUUCUUCCUUGCUUCGAAACUGGGUCUUCAACAAACCACAAAACGACAAGAAAGAGAAGGACGACAAAAACGCCCCAGGAGGAAUGUGGUGGCAGAACCACCGCCAGGAGGGCGGUAACAACAACCAGGGAGGCCAGGGUGGCGACGGCAAGGAUCCUAAGAAGCCCAACCUGCCCAUGGGCGAAUCGAUCCUGACUAACCUGCUUGUGUUUGCUCUUCUGUCGUGGUAUCUGUCUUCUCCUUCUAACAGCGGCCCCAAGCUGUCGUGGCAGGAGUUCCAGAGUGGCUAUUUGGAAAAGGGCAUGGUCAAGAAGAUGACUGUCGAGAACGGCCAGCGGGUUGUGGCUGAGCUCACCUCCCCCGUGCAGCAGCCCAACGGAACCACCACCUCCAUUGUGGAGUUUGCCAUUGGAUCUGUCGAGUCCUUCGAGCGACGAAUGGAGGAGGCCCAGGACGCCCUCCACAUCGCUGCUGCUGACCGAAUCCCUAUCCACUACGUUCGACGAUCUUCUCUGCUCGGAACUCUUCUUCCCCUGAUCCCCACUAUCCUCAUGCUUGCCGGUUUCUUCUUCAUCUCGCGUCUGGGAAGACAGGGCGGUAAGGGAGGCCCCGGAGGAGGAGGAGGACUAUUCGGUAUGGGUAAGUCCAAGGCCAAGCUGUUCAACAAGGAGACCGAUGUCAAGACUAACUUCUCCGAUGUCGCUGGUAUGGACGAGGCCAAGGUCGAGAUCAUGGAGUUUGUUAACUUCCUCAAGGACCCCAAGAAGUACGAGAAGCUUGGUGCCAAGAUCCCUCGUGGAGCUAUCUUGUCCGGACCUCCGGGUACCGGUAAGACCCUUGUUGCCAAGGCCACUGCUGGUGAGGCCGGAGUGCCCUUCCUGUCUGUGUCCGGAUCCGAGUUUAUGGAAAUGUUUGUUGGUGUUGGAGCCUCCCGAGUGCGUGAUCUGUUCAAGCAGGCCCGUCAGAUGGCCCCCUCUAUUGUCUUCAUCGAUGAGAUUGACGCCAUUGGAAAGGCUCGAGGAGAUGCUACGCGAGGUGGAGGUAACGAUGAGCGAGAAGCUACUCUGAACCAGCUUCUUGUUGAGAUGGACGGUUUCGAGUCCUCUGACCACGUCGUUGUUCUUGCCGGUACUAACCGACCUGAUGUUCUUGAUCCUGCUCUUCUGCGACCUGGCCGAUUCGACCGACACAUUUCCAUCGACAACCCCACUGUCGAGGGCCGAAAGGCUGUCUUUAUGGUGCAUCUCCAGAAGAUUGUUACCGAUCUGGACCGAGAGGAUCUAGCCUCUCGACUGGCUGCCCUGACUCCCGGUUUCUCUGGCGCCAACGUUGCCAACGUAUGUAACGAGGCUGCUCUGAUUGCAGCCCGUGCCGACGCCGACUCUGUUGAUAUCAAGCAUUUUGAGCAGGCCAUUGAGCGAGUCAUUGCUGGUCUGGAAAAGAAGACCAUGGUUUUCACGCCCGAUGAGAAGAAGACCAUUGCCUACCACGAGGCUGGACACGCCAUCUGCGGUUGGUUCCUCGAGCAUGCCCAUCCUCUUCUUAAGGUCUCCAUCAUCCCCCGAGGAAAGGCUCUUGGAUACGCCCAGUACCUUCCUCCGGAUCUCAACCUGCUUUCUGAGGCCCAGAUCACCGACCAGCUUGUCAUGACUCUCGGUGGUCGAGUUUCUGAGGAGAUUUACUUUGGUGACAUCACCAACGGAGCCGCCGACGAUCUGCGAAAGGUGACACAGUAUGCCACCUCCAUGGUCACCAGCUUGGGCAUGUCUCCCAAGAUUGGUCCCGUCAACUUUGAGGUUGCCGAGGACGGAUUCAACAAGCCCUACUCCGAGGAAACUGCCAACGUGAUUGAUCACGAGAUUCGACGAAUCAUCUCCGAGGCUCACACAAAGUGCCACGAGCUGAUCAGAUCCAAGUCCAAGGAGAUGGACCUGGUGGCUGAGGAGCUGCUGAAGAAGGAAGUCAUCACUCGAGAAGACAUGAUCCGACUUCUGGGCAAGCGGCCGUGGUCCGAGAAGAACGACGCUUUUGACAAGUACCUCGACAACAAGGAGGUCAAGAUGGCCGACAAGGCUCAGUCAGAGGCCAAGGAGAUUGAGAAGGACGAGAACGAAGUCAAGAAGGACGAUGAGGAGGAGAAGAAGGACGACUCCAAGGAUGGUAAGGAUAAGGAGGAGAAAUAA